AUGAGCGAAUCGAAUGAACCUCGCCGCUCUUCGAGAAGGAGAACCAAGACCAAUUUAGGUGAUGAUUUUAUUUAUGAUGAUCCUGGUGUCGGAUCUUCAUCAAAUAAUAAUAAUAGAAAGAGAAAAAACAAUCCAUCAUCCAGUUCCGACAAUAUUGAAGAUGAACAACAAAACAUGCUAUCGGAAUUUAUUGUUCAUGAAGAUGAUCGUCAAUCAACUUUACGUCACAAUACAACCAAACAAAAAAAGAAAAGAAAAACAAAGAAAGAGAUUGAAGAAGAACGUAGAAUUGCUGCUAAAAAUAGAGAAGAAGCUCGCAUUGAAUUAGAACAAAGUAAAGAAAUUGAAAAACAAACGUUGGAGGCAUUAAAAAGAAAACAUGAUGAACUACACAUGAAAACUGAAAUGAAUGAAACAACAACUGUCUGUCAACAAUCAUCAACAACAACAAACCUUUCAAACUCUGAAAUAAGUACUCUUGGAUCGUCUCUAAACACUCCUACCAAAAUGGAAACACCAACUUGCACCAAUACUAUCACCACCAAUUCCACCACCAGCACAACCCAAUCAAUUGUUGCACCCAAUUCCAAUUCCAAUACCAAUUCCACCACACCCAAAAUGGAAACGCCAACUUACAAACAAUCCAAAAAAAGAAAAAAGAAAAAAUCAAUGGAAGAAGAUGAAAGUUGUGGUUUCUCUGAAUUUGAAAGAAUUAUUAAUGUCACACAACAAAAUGGACUAGAACAACCUGUUCUCAUUCAUGGUGGAUUUUUAAAAUAUCUCAAACCUCACCAAAUGGAAGGUAUUCGAUUUUGUUGGAAAUUAAUUUCUCAAAAUAAGGGUUGUAUUCUUGCUCAUUCGAUGGGUCUUGGAAAAACUCUUCAAAUGGUAGCACUAACAUAUUUAUAUGUGACACAAAAGUUGGGUACAAAAAUUCUUAUUGUAUGUCCAAAAAGUGUCAUUUUGAAUUGGAAAUUAGAAUAUGAGAAAUGGUUAACACUAUGUGUGAAUUCUGAAUUACCCAUUCAUUUGAUUGAUGAUUGUCAUCGAACUCAUGAAAAGAGAUUAGAAAUUGUGAAAGAUUGGAGUGAUCAUGGUGGAGUGUUAAUUUUAUCUUUUAAUUUAUUUCAUCGAUUUUUAGGAAAAUAUGGAAAAGCAAAAGAACGAGAUGCUUUGAUCCAUCAAAAAGAAUCUCUUCGACAGUACAAGGAAAAGUAUUCUCAACUAUUGACACUUUUAAAUAAUUCUCCUCAAACAUUUAAUAGUAUCAAUAUGAAUACCAAUACUAGCAAUACUAUCAAUACUAGUAGCAAUAGUAGCAAUACUAGUAGCAAUACUAACAAUACUAUCAAUAGUAUGAAUAUCAAUACGAACAAUGGUACCUAUGCUAUCGAUAGUAGUAUCAAUACUAACAAUACUGAUAGUAGUAUCCAUAUGAAUACCAUUCCAAUCAUGAUCAAUACUACCAACAUGAAUAUCACCACCCUUCACAGAAACACUCUCUCCUCUCUCCAUGCAACCAUUAAAGAUCUUUCUCAAAAUAUUCAAAAACAAGAAAAGAAAUUGAAGGAACGUCAAGAUUUUGAACAAGCAGUGACUGAAUUAAUUACCACACAUUGUGAUUUAAUUAUUGUUGAUGAAGCACAUCGAAUGUGUUCCAAUGCUGAUAUUUAUUUGAAUCAAGCACUUGUGUUAAUGAAAACCAAACAACGUAUUGCACUCACAGGUACUCCUAUUCAAAAUAAUUUAAUGGAAUUUCAUUCAAUGAUUAAUUGGGUAAGAGAAUUUCAUUGGACACGUGAAGAAUUCCAUCAUUUCUUUUCACAACCCAUUCAAUCAGGAAUGAGAAAAGAUUCAGACAACUCUCAAAUUGAAGAAAUGAAAAAGAGUAGUUUCUUAUUGGUUCAUGAAUUGGAGAGUUUUGUACAUCGAAAAGAUCAAAGUGUAUUGAGAGAGAGUUUACCACCCAAAUAUGAGUUUGUCAUUUCAUUUCGUGUCACUCCAUUUCAAGCGAAAUUAUAUCAAGCAUUUGCAGAGGCUAGAUUAGCAGAAGAAGUGAAGAGAGGAAUUGGUAAUGGUGGAUUUGGUAAUGGUGGGAAUGGUAAUGGUAAUGGAUUUGGUAAUGGUAAUGGAUUUGGUAAUGGAUUUGGUAAUGGUGGGAAUGGUAACGGAUUUGGUUCUUGUUUUUUCAAUCCCACUCUCUUGUCACGUCCAUUGACCACUCAAGAACUUGCAAAACAAUCCAAAACAUUAUUCUACUUGUCUGUUCUCAUGAAUAAGAUUACCAAUCAUCCUGAUUUGGUUCUUCUCUAUUGUCAUAAAAAAGGACUAGUGGAUGUGAGUGAUUUGGAGGAGGAGGAGGAUCGAAUAGAUUCAUCUCGUCGUCAUCUCAAUGUAUUUCUCACUCAUGAAGAUACAGAACGAUUGAAACAACGAUUGAAACAACAACGAUUGAAACAACAACCACAUGAGGAUGAGGAUGAACAGAAUAGUCAUCAUCCAUUAUCAUCAACAUUCACACCAAGAACACCUCUCCUCACAUUAUCCUCACUUGGAUCCACGUGUCGAAGAGAUUCUUACAACAACAACAACAACAACAACAUGGAUGACAUCAUGAAUAAGAAGGAAUCUUCUUCUUCUUCUUCUUCCUUCACUCCACCACCACCACCACCACCACCACGUGUGUCGUUAUCAUCAUCCUCUUCUUCUUGUAGUACUCUCUCAACACCCAUCACAGUGAUUGAUGAUGAUGAAUUAUUGAAUAUGGAUUUAUUAAGUCCAAUCACUCCACCUUCAUUGAAAAGAAACACUUCGAGUAGUAGUAGUAGUAGUAGGACCACCCCCACAACAACAAGCACACAAAAAAAGAGUGCACUUGAAGAAAUUCUGGAAGAGAAUGUUGAAGAACCAUCUCCAAUCCAUCCACCUUCGAGUAAUAGUAGUCAUACCACUAUUGAAAAUAAUAGUAAUACCACUGUUGAAAAUAAUAGUACUACUAUUGGUAGUAGUAGUAAUAGUAAUACCACUGUUGGUAAUAGUAUUAAUAGAAAUGACAACAAGAAUGACAUUUACACUCGUGAAUUACAUUCUAAAAAAAAGAAACACAAGAGUUCUCUCGAUCUUGAUGAAGAUGCACAAAUGGAACAAGAAUUUGAUCAAUGGAUGGAACAAGCUGAAAAUCAUUUUGAUGCACAAUCUCUAUUCUGGGCAGCACCUGUUCUUUCAAAAGACUAUAAACAAGGUGAUGCUAAAAAGAGUUCUAAAAUGGAAUUUCUAAUGAGACUCAUUGAAAAGUGUUAUUUACAUGAUGAAAAGAUUCUUGUCUUUUCACAAUAUACAGAAACAUUGAGUGUGAUUGAAAAAGUAUUUGUAAAUACACCUCUCUUGAUUGGAACUGAUCAUGUCUCACAACAACCCAUUUUAAAAGUGUUAAAGAAAGGAGAAGAUUAUUUUCGAUUGGAUGGAAGUGUCAAUACUAAAAAGAGACAAAUGAUGAUUGAUGCUUUUACACCUGAAUCACAAGCACAUGUCUUUUUAAUUAGUACCAGAGCAGGAGGAUUAGGAAUUAAUUUAACAGCUGCUACUAGAGUGGUUAUUUAUGAUGUUUCAUGGAAUGAUACUUGGGAUAAACAAGCUUUAUUUAGAACCUAUCGAUUUGGACAAACCAAACCAGUCUAUGUCUAUCGAUUUGUGACUUAUGGAAGUGCUGAAGAAAAGAUUUUUAAUCUCUCAGCAGCCAAAGCAUGGCUUGCAAGGAGAGUAGUGGAUGAUCAGACACCUCAUUUAUUUCUAAAAAAGGAUGAUUUGGAAAUUAUAAAACAAGCGAAAAGAAUUGAAGAGACACUCACAGACAAGUUACUGUUAAAUCCAAAAAGAUAUCAACAAGAUGAAAUUUUAAAAGAAUUAUUAGGAACUCAUUGGACUUAUGAAAAGUGUGAAGAAGAAAUUGAUCCAUUGAGACCUGUUCAUGUGGAACAACAUGAUGAUUCCAAUGUUCAUCCACUACUACUGAAGAAAGAAGAAGAAGAAGAACAACUCGAUGACUCUUCAACAAGGAAUUUGUUGUUAGAAGAAGAAUCACUCACAGGAGAAUUCAAUGUUGAAAAGAAAAUCAAAUCUGUCUAUCCCUAUGAUUCACUCUUUGUUGAAAAUGAUGAAUUGAGAUUACAAGAAAAUGAACAAGAACAAACAGUGAAUGCCUAUGAAGAGAAGAGAAAACAAGUUCGUGAAAAUCCAAGUGUCUUGUUGAAUGCACUUCGAACUAAUACAAUGUUAAUGAAUGAUGUUGACGUGAAUGGAAAUGAGGAUGUUGAUUCAAACAUGAUGAUGAUGAUCAUUCGAAAUGGAUUACUCUCCAACAUGAAUCAUCAAGUUUCUAGUAGUAAUAGUAGUAAUAGUAGUUUUCUUCAAGGUGUGAGUGCUAGUAAUAGUAGUAGUAGUAGUAGUAGCAACAUCACCUCAACAACAACACCAACAACACCUGACACUCAUACGACUCCAUUAUCCUUAUUGGCAAGAUUACAACGAUUCAUGCAAGCUCGAGAGGAUGAAUCCCUGUACAGUAUGGAAGACCGAAGAGCUACAUCCACUCUGACAGAUAUUUGGUCUAGACUUGGCAACUCGGCAAAUAUCAUACAUCAUAUUUCAUCUUCACCAACAAUUUCUCAACCUUCCAAUCAACCAUCAUUGCCAUUUGCAAAUUCACAAUUAUCACCUCAAUCAGCGGUUUCUGAUUCUGUUGUACCAUCAAUCAUGACAAACAACAUGAAUCUUGUUGGUAGUAGUAGUCUAGGUAGUAGUCUAGGUAGUAGUCUAGGUAGUAGUGGGAAUCUUGCAAGUAAUCUUGGUAGUAGUGGGUUACCGCAACAGUCAUCAUUUCCUUCGUUCUUUUUCAAUUCAAACGCUUAUACAAACUCAACGAACAUGUUACCUCCACAACAACGUGUCAAUACUCCCUCUUCCUCCUCUCCUCAACAACGCACUGUACCUGUGGUUUCACUUGUUGUUGCUGAUGAUAUCGAAAGUGAGAUAUCUAUUAUUAGCACACGAUCAUCACCUCAACAACAACAGUCAUCCACAAACUCUAUGCAAAAUAUCAUUUCAAUACCUGAUGAUCCAAUAGAAAUCAUCUCACACGUAAACACACACAAACCAACAAUAUUGAUUGAUUCAGAUGAUGAAGUUUUAUAA